AUGAGUGAACCAGCAGAAAAACACGGUUCACUUCAAGAGAACCAAACAGCUCAAAGUUCUCCUGAAAAAGGCUAUCAAAUUGGACAAAAGCAGUUGCAACAAAUUGAGCGGCAGUUAAGAUGUCUGGCAUUUCAAAAUCCUGGACCACAGGUGGCUGACUUUAAUCCUGAAACAAGACAGCAGAUAAAGAAAGCACGGAUGUCAAAGAUGAAUGAAUAUUUUUCUGUGAAAUACAAAGUCAUGAGGAAGUACGACAAGAGCGGCAAGCUGCUGUGCAACGACGCAGACCUGUGUGACUGUCUGGAGAAGAACUGUCUGGGCUGCUUCUACCCCUGCCCCAAGUGCAACUCCAACAAGUGCGGGCCCGAGUGCCGCUGCAACCGGCGCUGGGUGUACGAUGCCAUCGUCACGGAGACCGGGGACAUCAUCAGCACCCUGCCCUUCACCGUCCCAGACUAG